GGCUGCAGCAGCCUCUGCUGCGCGUGCGCAGAGUCGAGCGCGCUCUGCGGCGCGGUCCGCGGUGGAGGCUGCGCGGACAGCCAGGGGGCAGUGGAUGGCUCUGCGGGGCCCGGCGGGCUCUGGGCCCGGCUCCCGCGAGCUGUUGGACGAGGCUGUGGCUGCGGCCGGGGGGCGCGAGGCGCCGGCCGUUGUGGUAGCGGGACCCGCGCUGGAGGACGAUGAAGAGGAUGAUGGCCGCGGCCGGGGCCUGCUGCGCUGGGACGGUUUCUCGGCCUGGCUGCACUGCGUGUGUGUGGUGGGCUUCGACCUGGAGCUGGGCCAGGCCGUGGAGGUAAUUUAUCCUCAGCAUUCCAAACUUACUGAUAAAGAAAAAACCAAUAUUUGCUAUUUGUCUUUUCCAGAUUCAAAUUCAGGUUGUCUUGGAGAUACGCAGUUUUGUUUUAGAUUUCGACAGUCUUCGGGGAGGAGGGUGUCGCUGCACUGUCUUCUGGAUCAAUUUGACAAAGAUUUGCCAGUUUACUUAAAGAAAGACCCUGCUUAUUUUUAUGGAUAUGUGUAUUUUCGACAAGUUCGAGAUAAAACUCUUAAGAGAGGCUACUUUCAGAAGUCAUUGGUUUUGAUCAGCAAACUACCUUACAUUCAUUUUUUUCACACUGUGCUGAAACAGAUAGCACCAGAGUAUUUUGAAAAGAAUGAACCUUAUUUGGAAGCAGCAUGUAAUGAUGUUGAUAGAUGGCCUGCUCCCGUGCCAGGGAAGACACUGCACCUGCCUAUCAUGGGAGUGGUAAUGAAGGUACGGAUUCCUACAUGUCAUGACAAGCCUGGAACUACUCAAAUAACACAGCUAACUCAACAGGCAAAUACACACAUAUCUGUUAUUUUACCUACUGUUCAUGAGGUGGAUCUUUUCAGGGAUGGGAUCCAGGGUCUCAUGCAUGCUAGGUGUUUCUGCCCAGUUUUUCUUCAUAGUCAGAUGCUUUGGGAGUUGGUGCUGCUGGGAGAACCCCUUGUGGUGAUGGCACCAUCGCCAUCGGAAUCGUCUGAGACCGUACUGGCCCUUGUUAACUGCAUUUCUCCAUUAAAGUACUUCUGUGAUUUCCGACCGUAUUUCACUAUUCAUGAUAGUGAAUUCAGAGAAUAUACUACACGUACCCAAGCUCCGCCUUCAGUUAUUUUAGGAGUAACCAACCCUUUUUUUGCUAAAACACUUCAGCACUGGCCACACAUUAUUCGAAUAGGGGACCUCAAACCUGCAGGUGAAAUUCCUAAGCAAGUUAAAGUGAAAAAACUGAAGAACCUAAAGACUCUGGAUUCUAAACCUGGAGUUUAUACUUCUUACAAGCCAUAUCUAAGUAGAGAUGAAGAGAUCAUAAAACAAUUACAGAAGGGUGUGCAACAGAAACGUCCUUCUGAGGCUCAAAGCGUUAUUCUCCGACGAUAUUUUUUGGAACUGACACAAAGCUUCAUCAUUCCAUUAGAAAGAUACGUGGCAAGCUUGAUGCCUUUGCAGAAAACUAUUUCUCCGUGGAAGAGCCCGCCCCAGUUAAGACAGUUCCUUCCAGAAGAAUUUAUGAGAACACUUGAAAAAACGGGACCUCAGCUGACCUCUAGAAUAAAAGGCGAUUGGAUUGGACUUUACCGGCAUUUUCUGAAGUCUCCAAAUUUUGAUGGUUGGUUCAAAACCCGGCGGAAAGAAAUGACCCAAAAAUUGGAGGCCCUGCAUCUAGAAGCUCUUUGUGAAGAGGACCUACUUCUGUGGAUCCAGAAACACACAGAAGUAGAAACGGUAGACCUUGUACUGAAGCUGAAAAAUAAGCUGUUGCAGGCUGAUCGAGAGCAUUUACCUGUGAAACCUGACACUAUGGAAAAGUUACGGACACAUAUAGAUGCAAUUAUCUUGGCCUUGCCAGAGGAUCUUCAAAGCAUACUGCUCAAAACAGGCAUGACAUGAUAUUUCCCAGGAUUUUCCAGCCAAGAAGUAUUGUGCAUCAUGAAGCGUGCUGACGUUUGAGCAGACACCCAGAGGAGAUCUCUUGGUGGCAGCAGCGUGGAAAAUAGCAACGAAUGCUAGAUACAGGGCAGGAAGACUGCAUUGUAUAAAUAGACAUUUUAGUGCAUUAUUUUUAAAAAUGGGUAUUUGUGGGGGUUCCACUUUAAUACUGAAACACCGAAAGGCAUUUCUGUAUUUUUAAUCAUGUUCUAAAGUGCUCUUAUGAGAGACCUAUGGGGCCAUCAGUAUAAGCGAUUCCAUACUGCAGUGCUGGCAUUGCAGGUAUUUUUUUAAAUUGGUGCUGCUUUGCCCGAUCAUAAUAAAACUCAGGGGGAUAUAAAAACUAAUGUUCACACUGGCCAUCUUAGGAAGGAAAAGACUGAACUGCCCAACUGCAGUUAGAGGUAAUUGACGCUUAUGCAGUGCCUUCUGUUGUCCUACAUGUUUCAGAGUCCAGCUGCUAGUUUUGAAGCUUUGUUUAGCCUGAUUUUGGUAUGUAAUUUUAUAAGGCAUUCUAUUGAAUCAUCACUGCUUAAAAAUACUUCUCUUGCUUUCCAUCUUGUUUAUUAGUAGACAUGGUAGUUUUUUCAUUUGUCACACAGAUUUUUUUGGUCGUUUGUUUGAGACAGAGUCUCACUAUGUUCAGAUUUUUGUUUCACUGUUUCCUUUACCAUUUUCAAAAUUUUGGUUUCUCCAAAGUCAAGAAAGCAUCUGUGUUAAUUAUGUAUGUUUAUUUUCUUUUACCUUUUACUAAUUGGGCCUGUGUAAGCUAAUUAAAAUGAAGGCAUUCUAAUUAUGAACUUCAAAAUCAGCUGGUUUUAUUUUAUUUUAUUUUUUGUCCUUUUGAGACAGGGUCU